GCAGAUGAAGCAUUUCAGAGACAGGGAAAGGGCGGCAUGUCUGCAAAGGCAGCUUGGGCGGUUGUGCCAGACUUUCGCAGCGUAAGGCAGCGUGGACCAGCUUAAUGUAAGUCAGUUUUACCCCCCACCAACCCCUCUGGGAUCUGCCUUGUGCCUGUGUGUGUGCACUUGCUGGCUGUUGCUGCUGCAUUCGCCCAUGCUCCCACUGUGGCGUUGCACCCCAUGGUGUGACAGGUUCAGGGGGACCCUUGUCCCCAAAGCCUUUUGAGUGCAUCUGUGAGUGGCCAGGCUGGCCAGUACCACAGAGGUGCUUGGGAAGCACCAGGACUGAAGAGAUGGCUGGUGCCUGCAGGCUGGAGGGCAGGAGGUGGUCCAUGCCCAUAGGAGUGAGACAGCAGAAGCUGUGGCAUGCUCAGGAGAGCAGGACCGUCUCUGCGUCACUUCUUGCUGGAGAGGAAGAGCAGCGCUGGAUAUAGCUCAUACGCCAGGGAGGCAAAAAUGUCAAGGCUGGUGCAAGCUCGGAGGUUGGAGGGAAUAGAUAAGAAUAUCUGGGUGGAGUUUGUAAAACUGGCUGCCACCUACGCUACGGUGAACCUGGGCCAGGGCUUCCCCGACUUCCCCCCACCGGACUUUCUGAAGGAGGCAUUCGUGAGAGCCCUCAGUGGGGAGAACCACAUGCUGCACCAGUACACCCGUGCCUUUGGCCACCCUCCUCUGGUGAAGAUCCUAGCCCAGUUUUUUGGGAAGCUGCUUGGACGAGACCUGGAUCCUAUGACCAAUGUGAUGGUGACGGUGGGGGCAUACCAGGCCCUUUUCUGCUGCUUCCAGGCUUUCGUUGAUGAAGGUGAUGAGGUGAUAAUCAUUGAGCCCUUCUUUGACUGCUAUGAGCCAAUGGUGAAAAUGGCUGGUGGGACGCCUGUGUUUGUCCCGCUGAGACCGAAAGCUCCAAAAGAGGGAAAAUUGAUGUCUAGUGCAGACUGGCAGCUGGACCCAGCUGAACUGGCUUCUAAAUUCAGUGAACGGACAAAAGCCAUCGUCCUGAACUCACCCAACAAUCCUCUGGGCAAGGUAUUCAGCCGAGGGGAGCUGGAGCUCAUUGCAGACCUGUGUGAGAAGCAUGACAUCCUGUGCAUCAGCGAUGAAGUGUACGAGUGGCUGGUCUAUGAUGGGAAGGAGCAUAUCCGCAUCGCCAGCUUGCAAGGGAUGUGGGACCGCACGGUGAUGAUUGGGAGUGCUGGGAAGACCUUCAGUGCCACUGGAUGGAAGGUGGGCUGGACCGUGGGACCCAACCGGCUGCUGCAGCACCUCCGUACUGUGCACCAAAACUCAGUGUACCACUGUGCCACAAUUGCCCAGGAGGCUGUGGCUCAGGGUUUCCAGAGGGAGAUCGAGCUUUACGGGAAACCAGACAGCUACUUAGUCCAACUACCCAAGGAGCUGCAGCAGAAGAGAGACUGGCUGGUCCAGAGCCUGGAUGCUGUGGGGAUGAAACCCAUCAUCCCUGAGGGCACCUACUUCUUGGUGGCAGACAUCUCUGAGUUCAAAUCCGAUGUCCCUGACGUCCCCGACUCCGACGAGCCCUGUGACUACAGAUUUGCAAAGUGGAUGGUCAAGAACAAGGGACUUGCUGCCAUCCCGCUCUCCUCUUUCUACUGUGGGGCCCACAAGAACAACUACAACCAUUUCAUCCGGUUCUGCUUUGCAAAGGUGAGAUAUGUGGCAGCACGAAGGCAGCCGAGGUUGGGAGUAAUAAUCAGGGCUAGUUUAAUGAAAUGCCAAGAAGAAGUACAGAGUGCCUUGGGCAUUAGAGCCUGAGCAUGGCAUCACAGCUG